GUGACGGCUCUGCGCUUCAGUCUGCACGUGGCGUCCGAGUCGCCCGGACGUGGGAGCUGCUUUCUCCUCCGCCACGAUGAAGCGGCCUAAAUUAAAAAAAGCAAGUAAGCGCAUGACAUGUCAUAAGCGGUUUAAAAUCCAGAAAAAGGUGCGGGAGCAUUACCGAAAAGUGAGGAAGGAGGCCAAGAAACGUGGUAGAAAAAAGCCAAAGAAAGAUCCUGGUGUGCCCAAUAGUGCACCCUUCAAAGAGGCACUUCUCCGGGAAGCUGAACAAAGAAAACAGCAGCUUGAAGAACUAAAGCAGAAGCAGAAAAUUAACAAACAAAAGGAACAAGGACAGAAGCGAAACCAUGGUGAAAAUGUUGUUUCAUCAAAGACAGAACCACCCAAAAAGGAAUUUGUGGGAAGAAAGGCAAAGCUAUCAUGUAGGACAGUCAAGCAAGGUUCCAAAAAAUCAUUUUGUAGAGAACUUCAAAAGGUGAUUGAGGCCUCAGAUGUUUUGCUGGAAGUUUUGGAUGCCAGAGAUCCUUUAGGAUGUAGAUGUCCUCAGGUGGAACAAAUUAUUACACAGACUGGAGGAAACAAAAAAUUAUUGCUUGUCUUGAAUAAAACAGAUCUAAUACCAAAGGAAAACUUGGCAAAAUGGGUAGAUUACUUGAAGAAAGAACUCCCAACAAUUGUUUUUAGAGCCUCAACAUUUGGAAAGGAGAAGAUAAGGAUGCCAGGGAAGAAGAAACUGGACCUCAGCAGGCAUGGCAUAUGCUUAGGUGGAAAGAGCCUUUUGACACUCCUCAAUGACUUUUGCCAGACCCAAAACAAAGCCAUUCGAGUUGGUGUGAUUGGUUUCCCAAAUGUGGGCAAAAGUAGCAUAAUCAAUAGUUUAAAAGAAGCAUAUGUGUGUCAUACUGGACCAGCCAUGGGUCUUACAAAAUACAUGCAAAUUGUCCACAUUGACAAGAAUAUCACGAUGUUAGAUAGUCCAAGCAUUAUUGCAUCUCCUUCUAACUCUGCAGUUGCUCUUGCUUUGAGAAGUCCCACAAAUAUUGAAGAAAGAGAACUAUUAGAUUCAGUAACUACAAUUGUGGAACACUGCAAUAAACAGCAGUUAAUGUUACGAUACAACAUCCCAAACUAUAGAGAUUCUCAAGAAUUCUUGACUUUGCUCGCACAGAAGAGAGGGAUGGUGCGGAAAGGCGGCCUCCCCAAAGUGGAGGAGGCUGCUAAAUUGUUCUGGUCUCACUGGACAGGUCCCAAAAUGAGUUACUAUUGUCAAGCUCCUACAUCUUUGACUGACUCUCCGCAUCUUACUGGGUGCAUUAUAGAAACUAUGCAGCAGAGCUUUAAUCUAGAGGAGCUAGAAAAAAACAACAUGGGUACCAUUAAAGCCAUCAGGAGUCCCAGAUUGUCAAGUAGCAUUCUAUUCCAGUACUCUGGUCUGACUAAUGGCAUAACGGAGGAGAGUGAUGUGCCUGAAGAAUUGCUGAUAAAGGAAGAGAAUGAAGAGGAUUUUCUAUAUGAAGAGGAGGAGGAUGAAGAAGAUGAAGAAGAUGAUGAAGAUGAUGAUGAAGAUGAAGAUGAUGAUGAAGAAAAUGAUGAAAUAAGGUUAGAGACCAAAAGACUUAAACUUGAAGUGCCAUUGGAAGAACUUCACUCAGGUAAAAAUUUAAGUGCCAGAGAAGAAAAGUCUCUUCAUGUGGAUAAGAUAAUAGAGGAAGAAGAUGAUACUUACAAUUUCAAUACCGAUUUUGUGUAAUGAAACCCUAGUCUCUUAUGAAGUUCCUGAAUUGCCCUUAAUUGAUCGCUGAGUUAUCUUCAUACAGGACUGUGUAUAUACUGCAGCAAAAAUGGUUUUGGUAUAGGAAACAUGUACAGCAAUUACUAUUUGUAAAUAUGUACAAAAUUUUUGAACAAAUGGGUAGCAGAUAGGAGAAUGUCAAUUUUUUGUAAAAGUGAACUCUGAUGAAAGUUCUUGUCAUAAAAAUAAAUAUUUUGUCAUCAUUGA